AGCAGAGAGUGUCACCUCCUGCUUUAGAUCAUCAAGCUCUGCUAACUGGACCUCACCCUGCCUGCAGGGUUACUGCAAAGCUUUCACCCUUCCGCACCUUGUCUGGGGGUACAUUUCUUCUGCGGAAUCUCAGAAAAUCAAAUUCCAUCCUAAGAAUAUUUCACCAAGAAUUUCCUUAGGAGCUGUGCUGGGGUCCUAUGAUGAUACACCAGCCACUUGUGCUACCACCUGUCAAAACUAUGGAUGGCCCUACCUUCAGGUCAUGACCCUGGAUUUAAGAAAUUUUUCAAGACAGUUUUGAGUAUAAUCCAAGAGAAAAUGUGAUUUGAGUCUGGAGACAAUUGUGAAUGUUAAGUAUUGGAAAAUUAGAUUUUUCUCAUUGUUCCAUGCAAUAAAAACUAAAAUAUCAACUCAUUAAUUUUUGAAUUGCAAAAACUUUGAUUCAUUGUUUUCUCUCUAUUACAACACGAUUUUUUACAUCUAAAAUUAAUGGAAUUCUUCCUAUUUUUUUUUUUUCUGGGUUGUAUUUUUUAAAGAUCAGCUAAUAAUAAAAGCCCAGUGUAGCUGAUUGAAGAGAAAACAUUAUUUGGAAGAUUGCUACAAUAAAAAGAAAAGUUUCUUCUAGUUUGAUUUAUAUUAUAUAACAUAUUUCAUCUUGGCUUUAAUGAUGGAGAAAAAGAGUGUCCUGUAUUUUCUGUUUCUCUUGCCUUUUCUUAUGAUUCUUGUCAUAGCAGAAUCAGAAGAGAACCCUGGUGACUUAAUUCAGUUGGGUGUUACUAGAAAUAAAAUCAUGACGGCUCAAUAUGAAUGUUACCAAAAAAUUAUGCAAGACCCUGUUCAACAAACAGAAGGCAUUUAUUGCAACAGAACCUGGGAUGGAUGGCUGUGCUGGAAUGAUGUUGCUGCCGGAACAGAAUCAAUGCAGCACUGCCCAGAUUACUUUCAGGACUUUGAUCCUUCAGAAAAAGUUACAAAAAUCUGUGAUCAAGAUGGAAACUGGUUUAGACAUCCAGCAAGCAACAGAACAUGGACAAAUUAUACCCAAUGUAAUGUUAACACACAUGAGAAAGUGAAGACUGCACUGAAUUUGUUUUAUCUGACUAUAAUUGGACAUGGAUUAUCUAUUGCAUCACUGCUUAUCUCACUUGGUAUAUUCUUUUAUUUCAAGAGCCUAAGUUGCCAAAGAAUUACCUUGCACAAAAAUUUGUUCUUCUCUUUCGUUUGUAACUCUAUUGUAAUAAUCAUUCAUCUCACUGCAGUGGCCAACAACCAGCCCUUAGUGGCCACAAAUCCUGUUAGCUGUAAAGUGUUCCAAUUCAUUCAUCUUUACCUGAUGGGCUGUAACUACUUUUGGAUGCUUUGUGAAGGCAUUUACCUACACACACUUAUUGUGGUGGCUGUGUUUGCAGAGAAGCAGCACUUGAUGUGGUAUUAUUUUCUUGGCUGGGGAUUUCCACUGAUUCCUGCUUGUAUACAUGCUGUUGCCAGAAGCUUAUAUUACAAUGACAACUGCUGGAUCAGUUCUGAUACCCAUCUCCUCUACAUUAUCCAUGGCCCAAUUUGUGCUGCUUUAUUGGUGAAUCUUUUUUUCCUAUUAAAUAUUGUACGUGUUCUUAUCACCAAGUUAAAAGUUACUCACCAAGCAGAAUCCAAUCUCUACAUGAAAGCUGUGAGAGCUACGCUUAUCCUGGUGCCAUUACUUGGCAUUGAAUUUGUACUGUUUCCAUGGCGACCUGAAGGAAGGAUUGCAGAGGAGGUAUAUGAUUACAUCAUGCACAUCCUCAUGCACUAUCAGGGUCUUUUGGUAUCUACAAUUUUCUGCUUCUUUAAUGGAGAGGUUCAAGCAAUUCUGAGAAGAAACUGGAAUCAAUAUAAAAUCCAAUUUGGAAACAGCUUUUCCCACUCAGAUGCUCUCCGUAGUGCAUCUUACACAGUGUCAACAAUCAGUGAUGGUGCAGGUUACAGUCAUGACUGUCCAACUGAACACUUAAAUGGAAAAAGCAUCCACGAUAUUGAAAACGUUGUCAUAAAACCAGAAAAGUUAUACGACUGAUAAUAGAGCGUGUAUUGCUGAACUAUUUUGUUCCACUCCUAACUCAAGGACUUGGAUCCAUGACUUUACAACCAGAAGACUUCAAUAUUAAAUGAAUUAUUUGAAGGUGACAAAGAAAACCCUCACAUGAAUUCAGUAGUGUGUUGAUAAAUGUUUCACACUAGCUCCAUGGGGGAAAACAGUCCUGAUUUGUAAGUUUUGCCAGUUUUUAUGGUGUAAGUACUCCCGCCAUGGCUGAUUUCAAGUUACCAACUUGACAUCAGUGAAUGUGGACUUGGGUAAAAAUGAGCACAGUCAGUUGUAGGUUGGUGUGAGCCAGCUCUAGCACACCACUGCAUGAAUCCACAAAUAAAUAGACCAUAAAAGUUCAUAGACACAAUGGGCACAAUUCCACUCCUGUUGCCUAAAGAGACCUAGCUAAGGCCUAUAGACUUGGAAAGAAAAUGAGCUUUUCAUUUGUUUUUAAAAUCUUUAUCCCAUAUUCCUUUGUGAAGUUGAUUUUUUGCCCAGAAAGUAUUCUAGCCCUUUUUGUUUUUAUUUUUUCAAAUGGACCAGAUAAAGAAUUAAUUAUUCCUGUUUGCUUACCCUCUUCUCCUCCCAAAAAAUAAAUGAGCAGAAUUGCUGUUGGCUACUCAUUUGUUGAUUCAUCACAGUUAUACCCCUUGUCAUAUCCAUUUUUGAGGCUUGAGGAAUAGUAUGUAUGAUACGCAAUCCUACUUUGGUAACAUUAGGGAGAAAUCUUGGUUGAUACUACAAAACAUGUAGUUGACUACUUUCCCAUCUUACUACACAAGUGGGAAGGAAUUCGUGUCCAUAUACCUGUAAAUAGAAACUUUGCCCCUUCCAUUUCUGCUUUGUGGACAAAUUAGCAAUUAUUUUACAUGAAGGAAAUCAAUGAAGGAUUUCUUAUUUUCUUAAAAGUUUGUAAAAAAAUUGUGAAAAGUAAGCUUGUAAAUACUCUGUUAUUCUAUUUUAUAGUCUCAAAUAUAUACAAUCUAGGUAAUUUUUUUAAAAACAAAUACUUAAUGUAACAAUGUGUGCAUGUUAAUAUCUGAUACUGUGUCUGGGCUGAUUUUAUAAUAAAAUAGAAUCUGGAAUUCUUAUUUGGUAACUAUUUUAAAGACAACCAGAUGCCAGCAUCAGAAGUUUGAGAACUAAGUUUGAGAAAUAUCUAUGAUAAGAUAUAAAAUAUUUAUUUAAAAAAUCCUCAAGGCCAUUGUUUUAUUGAAUAUAUUAGCUUUGGUGAUUCAUACCUUAAUAAUAGAUAUGUUUGACAUAUUUCCUUUUUUAUUUUGAUGAUGAACUUUCAUUCUAAUCCAGAAAAUUUAAAUGACUCCUAUAAUAAAUGCCAAUCUGCUAUUCUUAUGGUUUUUACCCCGUUAAAAAGAUUACUUUUCUGACUUACUAUAUGAAGCUUUGGAAAUGCUGCAAGGCUAUUUUUUAAAAUUAGAGGAACACAAUAUAUAUCAUAUACAAUGUUUUUAUAUUUUAAUAGAGAUACUAUAUAUGAUGAUGCAAUAUUGUAAAAGACCUGAAUGUAUCAGUAAGGAAGAAUCGUUGUCAGAACAUUUAUGGAAUAAUUAAAUUAAGAUGGAAGAAAUCCUCGCUAAUGAAUUAAAGUGACAUUUAAAUGGGAUUCAUUUUUCCUAAUGUCAUUUUCCACUGAUUUCUGAAAACCAAAAUGCCUUCAAUUAGUAAGUCAGUUUUGGCAGGAGAAUUCAUUACAUCUAUAUGUUUUUGUUGUUGUUGCUGUGGUGUGUCAAUCUGCUUAAAAUGGAUUAACUAAUGACUUAGUCAUCAUAGGUUGUUUCUUAAGCUGUCAAUAGAUGGUAAGUUCAGAAGUCAUUUGAAAUUGUCCAGGUAAAUUAUCUAGAUUAGUAAGAAUUCACUUAUUAAAAGGCCUGGUCAGUAGAUUUAUGAUUUAUCUAUACACAUGUAAAAGCUGUAUUGUUAGUUUCAGAUUUACGGAUUUCAAAACAAGCUUUUAUAAAAAGGAACUCAGGCUGUUCUGAACUUUCUAAUGCCUAAAUUAUACAAUAAUUCCUUUAAAUAAUCUCAUAUUUUAGCUAUUUAUUAUUCAAAGACACAGAUUCAAAUCCUUCACUGGCACUGUUCAUAUAUUUCAGCAUUCUUCCAGACAAGCUAUCAAGUCUCAACCAUAAAUGACAGUAGAAAAUGUCAAAUUAUCAACAAGCAUUAUAUUAAAAAUACAUUGUAACUUUCAAGUCUUUUUAUUGUGCUUUUAUCAUAUUAAGUUUAGAUCAGAUUUCCUUUGUGGCCAGGAUUUAUCUAUUGUACCAUCUUUAGGUGAAGACAGUCCAUGAUUAAUCAGUGUUAAUUUUGAACCCAUUUUUUUUAGAAGUAAUAUUUUUAAAUAUUAGACUUCUCUAAAACUGAAGUACUAAUAAUUAAGAUCUCCUUUGUAUCUUACUCAUAUAAAAAAGUAAAAUCAAUACUGUUUAAAAGCAAACUUCCUUGGUAUCUAAAAACUUAUUUGGGGAACUUCUAACUUUUAAAAUGCAAAUCUGCUGCUUUUCUGAAAGUAUUUGUGAAAGUCAUUUUAAUUUCUAAACAAUUCUAGUCUGUCAUUUUUUUUUUUAAUUUCUAAAGUUAUUUAGUGCAUUUAUUCAUAAAAUAUUCAUUCUGGAAUUUAGUGUUUGUUCAAAUGUAAUCCAAUGUACAUAGAAGUAGUGGUAGCUAUAGUGCUGUAUUUAUUGCUUGAUAAUGUUUUUUAAAUGUGAACUUAUCUAAUUUUCUCUUGGUUUUAAUAUGCUAAUAAAAACCAUUUCUUUUAUUUCUAAAACAUACCCAAAAUAUUCUGAUCAAUUAAAAUAACUCAUGUUAUGCUUACUUAGUGUAUAUCUCUAUAUUUUGAUUGUACGAAAAUAUUAAAGUUAUGAGCUAAAGUUGAUUUUCACUUAUGUUUACUGGAGUACUGAAUAAUCUAAAUUACAAAUAUAAUUCUUUACAGCAAUCAGUGUAAUACUUAAAAUCGGUGACUAUAUCACCAUUACCCUCUUUGAAGUCUUCCAUAAAUCUGUAAAUCAUUCCAUAAACCUGUUUGUUAAAAUUAUGAAUUCAUCUUGUAAGCUAAAAAAUUCCAAAUAAAGUACAGUGUACGCAAAUUCCUUCCUAGGCUAAAUGAAAGGAAAAGAUUCCCAGAAAUAGGAAAAUGCACAAAGAUUUGUCUCCUUUCUCCAUUAUAUUCUACUGUAUAGUUUUGUGUUGAAUAGC